GACUGGGAUAAAGCGCUGUCUGGAGACUGUUGCUGGCGGUCAUCUGGUGCUCAUUGAUUGCGUGGUCGUCCCAGCCUCGGCCCCCAGAGCCUCCUCUGCCCUCUUCCCCGGGAGCAGCCCCUUCGCUGAGCUGGCGCAGCCAGGAGAGAUGCGGCGGAAGCUGGACCUGUCGGGCCUGACGGACGAUGAGGCAGAACACGUCCUGAAGGUGGUGCAAAGAGACAUGAAGCUGAGGAAGAAGGAGGAGGACAGGCUCAGUGAGAUGAAACAGGAGCUGGCGGAGGAAGGCAGCAGAUGCUCCAUCCUCACCAGGCAGCACCGCUUCAACGAGCACUGCUGCAUCCGCUGCUGCGCCCCCUUCACCUUCCUGCUCAACCCCAAGCGGCCCUGCCUCGACUGCUGCUUCAACGUCUGCAAGACCUGCCGCACCUACAGCAAGAAGGAGCGCGCCUGGCUCUGCUCCGCCUGCCAGAAGACCCGGAUUCUAAGGACCCAGUCUCUGGAAUGGUACUACAACAACGUCAAGAGUCGUUUCAAACGCUUCGGUAGCGCCAAGGUCUUGAAGACUCUGUACAGGAAGCACAUCAUAGAGAGAGGAACCCUCUCCGAACUCCCAGAGAGCAGUAUCAACGAAGGAAGCAACGACAACGAUGGCAGUGUGUGUGGCAGUGACUCCACCUUCUACAGGCAGAGUGAUGAACACAGCAUGGCAGAUACCCUUACAGUUGCUUUACGCGUUGCUGAAGAAGCCAUAGAGGAAGCCAUUGCCAAGGCAGAAGAAUUCAGUGACAGUUUGGAGAAACAGAAUGAGGCUCGAUAUCUACGGGACCACAAAGAGGAACUUAUAGAGGAACUUGCUACAACCAUUGUACAGAAAAUUAUUCAGAGGAGGAAGCGUUCAGAGAUGCAAUCUGAGUAUGACUUUGUGUGGCCCCAGUCUCAGAGCCAGUCCCAGGGCCGACCUGGCGAGUUGCCCUCCCCCCCUCAGACCCCCCAUGCUGACCUGGCUCAGGGCUCCCAGGCCCAGCUCCACAGCUCUUACUCCCUCUGGAGAUCCAGGUCAGCCUUCUCCCUGACCAGUGACGACUCCCCAGAGAAGCCCUCAGAGGGGGGGUUGGGGGCCGGCGGGGGCUUGCAGCACUACACCUCCCUGAAGAGGGACGCCAAGGCCGCGUCGCUGCCUAGCUGGAAGAGUGUGGACCGCCUGGACAACUCCAGUGCGUCCUCUGUGCUCCAGAGCCCAGACGGUAACUGGAUGGCCCUGCAGAGUUCCCAGCUGUCCCGCCCCAGCCUCCUCACCAAGAGGAAGAGCCUGGUCUUCAGCGUGCUGGAGAAGGAGUCCGGCGUCGUCUCCGCCUACGACGAGAUGGGCUCUGCCUCCGAGUCGGACCGCGAGGAUGAGGGGGGCUGGGCCUCGGCCCUGAUGCAGUUCCGCAGGAAGCUGUCGGAUGAGACAUACUACACCGACUCCCAGCACGAUCCAGAGUGGACGUACACCCCUCACCUCCCCGUCACCUCGCCGUCCUCGGGGCAGUACACCAACACCGAGACCCUCAACUCCGACUCGGAGCCCUCGUCCGUCCCCUCCGCUCGCCCCCGCAAGCCCCCUCACAACCUGGGGAAGAAGAAAGCCCCCCCAGACACCCAGCUGCACCCCCAACACCCUCCGCACCACCCCCAGCACCAACAUCCACAGCAUCAUCCUCCUCAUCACCAUCCUCCCCAGCAGAACCCCCCCUCGUUCCCGCAGCGCCCCCAGGCCCUGGAUGUGAACUUUAACCCCAAGGUGACGGGGGACAGCAGCGAGGCGGAGGAGCGCCAGGUUGACCCCAUCAGGAGGUCGCGGCGACGCAGGAAGAGCAAGAGGGAACCGGCUGAACAGGGGAGGGGGGGCAACCAGCCCCCCAAGCAGCCUGCGCCGCCCACUACAGUACAGGAGAACAGUGGCUUCCUGCUCAGCAGCCUGUUGAAGAGGGGAAUGCGUGAGGAGAAUCCGCCCCAUGACAUUCCCGCGCCCAUGAUGGAGGCCUCCACCUCGGAUGUCAUGACCCCAGAGUCCGGGGACCUGGACACAGAUGCCCCUGUCUCUGCUGCCCCCAGCCACCCCGGCCGGAACCCCCAGGCCCCCCUGCCCCCCCUUGACCCUGGCCCCCAGUCGCUCAGCAGCUCCGGACCAGGUUCUGGAGACACCCUGGAGCAGGAGGUCCGCUCCAAACUCAGCGAGAUGGUCAGCCGGGCCAACAGCAAGGAAAUGACAUCGUCUGAGGACGAGGCGACUAAGCGUCUCGGAGAGAGGCCGCUGGACAGAGGAAGUGACAGACAGCAGGACAAGCAGAGCCUGAGAGAAAGACCCAGCUUUAAGGAGAGGGAGAAACCAAGAGAAGUGCAAGAGCAGGGCAACGGGCCCGACCUGAAAAGGCGAGAAACGCUUAUGGAAAGUCCUGUGUUGAGAGAGGAAGAGAGGCUCAAGGCAAGGAGAUUGGAAACCGGGGGAAAGAGUUGGGAAGAUAAAUCAGAUGACAGCAUAGGAGAAAAGAGAUUGGUGAAGAGAGAGGAGAGCAGGCAAAGCAAGAGACAACAGAGGAGAGAGGUGGACAGAGAACCAGAGAAGGGAACAGAACCAACGGAGGAGAAGUCCGGAUCCACUCCCUCCUCCCCUGCCAUUUCCCCUUCUCUCCUGGAGGGGGCGCUGUCAGAGGGACAGCAGGAGGGCCCGAAUGGGCUGGAUCUACAGCAGAGACUACAGUUACUCUCCUCUCUCUUACAGCAGCAGAAGGACACGGCGGCGUCUCUGUGCAGCAUUACCACUGAGGUCCUAAAGGUGCUCAAUGCCACGCAGGAGCUGAUAGGCGAGGCUGGCAGUGGCAGCGCCACUCCGUCCGAGUCCAUGAGUGCCCACGAGUCCUCCAUCUCCAGCAGCUGUGAGACACGAAGACUGGACCAGAGACUCACCAAGAUGGAGGAAAAUGUGUACCUGGCUGCAGGAGCGGUGUACGGCCUAGAGGGGGAGCUGGGGGAUCUGGAGGAUUGUGCGCGCAGCAUCAACAGUGGCACCUCAGACAGAGACCUGGCCUUCUUGGAGGACCAGGUGGCCACGGCCGCAGCCCAGGUGCAGCAGUCUGAGCUCCAGAUUUCUGAUAUUGAGGCUAGGAUAUCCGCUCUGAAAACAGCUGGCUUGAACGUCACAGUCUGCACACGCAAGUACAAUCCGAAACCCCAGCCUCAAACCCUUGACUCAUCACGCCAACAAAGGAGAAAGCUUCCGGCUCCCCCAGUCAAAGAUAAGGAUGCAGAGCAACAGUUGAGAGUGGUUCGACCGUAGUGGUUCAACAGCACAAGGAGCCUCUUCAGGACCCAACCCCACCUUCAGGCACCCCCCCUCCCCUCACCUCUAGACCCCCGGGGCCCUAUCACUCCAGUGCCUUGUUCCAGCAUCCGUCUCCAGCUCCAGUGGCCAAGGGGCCUACACCUGCCCUCUGUGCUAUCCCAUUUGGAGCUCUCCUCAGGGGCCAACAUCAGUCCCCUUGCUAUCCAAUCUGGAGCUCUCCUCAGGGGCCGUCAUCAACCCCCCUUCUACCCUAACUCGAGCUCUCUUCAGGGGCCAAAAUGAGCCCCCUUUCUACCCUAUCUGGAGCACUCCUCGCACAGGCAUGGCAUCAGCAAUCAAUAUCUCAAACCCUUCAUUUUCUCAGUCCAGCCCAGGACUGACUCCCUUAACCCUACCCAAUCUCCCACCCAUCCCUGGACCCCACUUCCACCCUCAACAGGAGGGCUCGACAGACAGUGUGUCUCUGCCUUAAAAUCUACAAACACUCCUCGCGAGACAUCUCACUGUCCAACUCUCAACAUAGGAAUAUGUGACUUUCCAUCUGUUGUACAGAAAAAUCCCUGUCCGUCAUUUUUUCUAUCUGUUUGCAAGAGUGUUGUAGGUGUUUGAAAUAAUGUAUGUAAAUGAAGAUGUGAAAAUCAUGUGAAAUCUAGUGUGAUACAUGUCUCAAAAGAGGUUGACCCAUGUUUUAUACUGUUCCCUUUCUCGCCAAUUAUAUGUCAUGAUAAACGACAGUUUCCCAACACAGCAGAGCCUGUUUAACAUGACCCUUGCAUUGG